AUGCCUCACCAAUUGCUCUUCCAAUUAGACGAUCGGGCCCUUUUCCAUGAAAGCUCAUUGCUUAACGGCAAAUGGGUCCAAUCAGGAGCACGGGAGACUUUUGAAGUCGAAGAUCCUGGGAGCAGACAAAUCUUCGCUACAUGCCCAGCCAACAAGGUUGAAGACGUGCACGAAUACGUCACGACGUCACACACCGCGUUCCUCAAAUAUCGCCAUGUAAACCCACGCCAACGAGCGAAAAUGCUUCUAAAGUGGUACGAUCUGAUAACAAAUAGUCGCGAGGACAUUGCACGGCUAGUUGUGUACGAAACCGGCAAACCAAUUACGGAGGCACGCGGAGAGGUCGAUUAUGCACUUGGCUUUGCCUGGUGGUUUGCUGGUGAAGCAGAACGGAUUCGAGGCUCCAUCGCCAUUCCAUCCGUCUCUGAGCGCCGAACCUUCGUAGUCAAGCAGCCCAUUGGAGUCAGCGUUGCGUUGGUACCGUGGAACUUCCCCGUCGCCAUGAUCAUUCGUAAAGUUGCGGCUGCUCUGGCAGCUGGCUGCUCUAUGAUCGUCAAGCCAUCUCCGGAGACUCCCCUCAGUGUCCUGGCCCUGGCAGACCUAGCUCUACGUGCUGGCUUUCCCUCCGGGGUUCUGAAUGUCAUCACGACCGACAACACUAAUACGCAUUCGGUCAGUGAGGCUCUUUGCAAGCACCCUCUCGUACGCAAAGUAACUUUCACUGGAAGCACUGCUGUGGGAAGAAUUGUGGCCCACCACUGUUCUGAUGGAUUGAAAAAGGUAACACUUGAACUUGGCGGCAAUUGUCCAUUCAUUGUCUUCAAUGACGCGGACCUCGACCAAGCAGUUGCUGCACUCAUGAUACUUAAGUGGCGCACCGCUGGACAGGCUUGCACGCAUGCAAACAGAGUCUAUGUCCAGAGUGGGGGUAAGCUUCGCGUUGGCCAUGGUGCUAACUCCUUUACCACAAUGGGCGCAAUCACAACCCCCCGAGGUAUCGAGAAGUUGGAGAGACACGUCGCUGAUGCUGUCUCCAAAAGGGGUAGAGUGUUAUGUGGUGGGAAACGCCCCAGUAACCUUGGGGGCUAUUUCUUCGAGCCUACAAUUAUCUCAGAGAUGACCUCCUCCAUGCUGACGACUCAUGAGGAAAUUUUCGGUCCUCUCCUAGGACUCUACAGGUUUGAAACUGAGGAGGAGGUUGUUCAAGCAGCAAAUAAUACAUCCAUGGGACUCGCAUCCUAUUUUUUCACCAGCGACGUCAACCGUUCCUGGCGACUGCUCGAGAGCCUUGAAGCUGGUAUGAUUGGCAUGAAUACAGGUAAUGCCUCCGCUGCAGAAUCCCCGUUUGGAGGGAUCAAGGAAUCUGGCUACGGCAAAGAAGCCGGCAAAGACGUUGCCAUUGAUGAGUAUUUGAUCCAGAAGACAGGAACUCUUACCGUUGUCUCAAAGCUGUGA